GUUUUGGGUAUCGUGGGAACGUUUUCCUUUUUCUCCAUGUUGCGUCUUGCUCUCCACCAUUUGCCGACCAACCGUAUCACCUAUCGUUCACUUUCCACCGGCCUCAUUUCUCGCACCGUACGCGUCGAAUCACUUGCAGAAGGUUACAAUGUCAGCAGAACCAUCGCCGCCAUCAAAGCGAACCCGGCAGAAUCGGUAACUGUCGCCAAGGAUCACCUACUUGUCCGGUUCUUCAACGAGGACAUGGCCAAGCAUUGUGUCGCGUCUGGGAGCAGAAUAUCGGGAACAGUGACCAGAAUGGAUGAUGCUCUAUCACCCCCGUUGUCUGCCGUCGAUGUAGCGAAACUUGGGAAACUGGGAAUGUCUCGGUCGUUGGCGAUGACAGACAUACCAGAGGAAGUUCAAGAAGAGAACGUCCUAGAAAUCCUUGCUCGGCAUGGCGUGCUACAGUCUUGGAUCUUUGACUCGCCGAACAGGACGGCUACAGCGCGUUACUUCGAUAUGCACCAAGCAUUCAAGGCCUGGGUAGACCUAAGAGACAACGGCAUCAACGUAUCCUUCCUAACGAAUCCAGACGGAUACAUCUUCCCUCAGUGUUUCCCAGCGGAUGAGGCCGACCGAGGGAGGGUCAAAUGUCGCGUCAAAAUUUCCGGCAUCAAGGAUCCCAGAAUCAUCUUGUCCCUGCGCUCAUGGAUAGUGGAAUUUGAGAAUGAUCAAAGUCCAGUACUUUCUAUGUCAAUGUCGAAGGAACAAGGAACCGCGCUCCUGCAGUUUGUAUCUUCGGUAUUUGCGCAAAGAUUCUCCAACAUGUGGGCGUCCAGGGCACUCGAGUUGGGCGUUAAGAUGUCGGUGGAACCUCUCCCGUCAGUGAUACAUCGAUGUCUUGUCACGGCUAUAGCAUUGGGCGCGCAACGAACAGUUACGAUAAAUCUACCGGCCGAAAGGGAUCUGAGCCACUCAAUCGAUUAUCUCCACUUUUUCAAACGAAUUGGCACCAUUAUUCCGGAGUCUAGAGAUCAAUUUGCUUCUCCUGUUCGUGAAUUACGUGUUUCGUACGAAAAGGUCUCUUCCGCUAUGCGAUGCAUUCUUGUCCUGGCCGGUCUCGAAGUCGUAGGAAGCAAGUGUCCCAAGCUGCCUGACUUUGAGGGAGCUAGUAUCAAUUUUUUGGGAGCCCCUCUGAACGCGACUGCCGUAUCCCCUAGUUUAUGGCAAUAAUGCUGGAGAUAUUCUCUCCUUUGGGGAAAUAUGCACGUUAUCGAAGCACUUAUUGCUGCAGCAUUCCUUAUGCAAAACGAUGCCCUUCUGUGUCUGGGUUCGGUUUGAAGUGGUCUCGUCUCGAAACAGCAGACACUUGAUAACUGCAUCCAAGCUGGAAAGCAUAUACGUCAACGAGGCGACGUGAAGAGGACGAUAAUGGCAGGUAGUCGUCACGUAGUAGUACUAAGACGUAAAAGAAGAUGUAACGUUUUUCUUACAGGUACAAGUAUUGGCUACUUAUUCAUUUCUGAAACCCGAAAGUUCAUGUAAAGCGCAAGCUUCGAAUGCA